GACACUGUCCCAUGCCUUGAAACGCGAGUGAGGGCUCAGAAACCACGAUUCCCCUGUGAAGACAGUCUACAGCAAUCUUCCGGAAAUAUUGCACCACUCAGUCAGCGAUAGGGAAAAAAAAAGGAAGAAACAAGAAGGAAGAAAAGAAAAUCGCCUUUGUCAAAGCAAGAUUGACAUCUAAUAUCAGCUUGUUUCUCAUCUUGCGAGAUAUGCCAGCGUAAAACCAGCGCACUCCUCUGUGCGGAUUCAUGCUAGAUCCGUUGCCUGGAUAGUGUCUGGACAUUCGCAACCAACUUAUCUCGAACACGCUUUCGAGCGUGGUCUUUCGGACUAUCAAUGUCUCGACUUGCAGUCCAGACUGCAUGUCCCGAGUCUUCUAUCUGGCGUGACGUCCCCGAGGCAGCUUUUCGUCAACAUCUUGUUGAUCUCGAGAAGCAAUGCAAUGCCGUUCCCAUCGCAUCCGAAGUUUUCACAUCCUCUUCAUGGACGCACGUAUCAAGUCAACAUAAGCUGUCUGUUGAAGAAGAGCAACAGACUGCAGAUGAUUUUGCGUUCCUAGUAGCGGUCAAUGAAGGUGCUCAGAGCGUCUCGGCAGUUUGUAUCGAAGAAAAUACAAUACUCUCAGAGGGUCUGACUCUACGGAUUGCGGCACUGGAUACGACCCUCGGAGAUGACGUGACUCAAGCACUCAAGAGUAUAUGCGGUCACCUCACAAAGAUUGCAAACAAGACGACCCAAACACCAGAGGAUGUUGAGGAAGUUUUCCAUGACAUCGUCGCGCUACACCAAUAUCGACUCAAGGGAUAUAUGCGAUCAUGCAAAUGGACGAAACCGAAACAUCUCGCUCUAAGCCACAAGAAGCCACUGUGGAAAGACUUCCCUUCCUUGUUACAUCGCGCACAACAUUUAUACACUAAAAAAGAGAAGCAGAUGCGUCAACAGAUGGAGUCUUCUAUCUCGUCUCUAGCGCUUCUCUAUACCAUGUACGAACAACAAGAGGGCGAUGAAAUCAUGCAAUUGAAGCAUCUGGUCAGAGCCACCUACCACUUUUGCAUCAAUCACAGUACGAAAGACUUUGUCGAAAGACUAUUGAACAGUGUUGGAGCAACACCAACAUCGCAAGUCCAAGCGGCGAUCAACCAGUACAGACAAUUGGAGAAGAUUGCUGCUUACUAUCGCAUCGCCACCUUUCUCGCUCGCAUCGCUGUCAAACACUCUAGUCUGUUCAAAAGUGGAAUUGCCAUUGACUAUCUCAAACCAUAUGAGAGCACUCCAACGACAAUUGCUCAUGAGUCUUGGGCACAUACCUGUCACGUCCACGCAGAAGUCCAACUCGCCGUCCACUACGACUUGAAAGCAUCAUCAGCCGUGACACUCCGACCCAGAUGCAUCGGGACUUCAAAAUGGCUCUGCUUCCUCUGUUACUCAUUCUUGGAAGCCCACGGCAAAUUCUUCCCCUCAAAAACGCAUGGAAAAUUGUACGACCAAUGGACGAUACCGGACUUGGUGGAAUUCGACGAUGAGACGGUAGCAAGAUACCGGGACGUGAUCGCAAGAAUCGACUCUCGAGUUUUGGAACUGGAUGGCAAUGUUUUCUGGAGACCAGAGCCUUUGACGAGUCGUCAAGACUUUGCCUUGAUUCACACGGACGACGGGUUAGUGACAGGAAAAUUGAACACGGGUCUAUCGAAAUUGGCCCUUUCAGACUCCGUCGAGCCAACAAAGGAGAUGGCUAUGUAAGAAAUAGAAUAUUGAUCCAAGUGAUCUGAGCGUUCAGUAUCAACAUGGUCCGAACCACUCAUUCCAAACUGGUGUUUAGACACUGCUCUAUAAUCGACUACGCAUCUUUUCAUAUCGUGUAGUGUCUAUGAAUGCCAUGAUCUUGCUGAGA